GACCUUCAAUAACGCCUCGUCAUAUCUCGCUCUCGUUUUUUCUAUACAAACUACCGUGCCACAUACCUCGCCCAUUAAAUCUCCGACCGCUCUCUUGCCCUCGUACGAAAUCUCACCUUCUUGAUCUCGAUAGUUACCGACUCUUUGCUUUGCUCAGUUGCUACGAGCAAGACUAGUUGAGUCAUUACCGCCUAUCGCGGGAGCUCGACUCGAGUUUGUCUUGGCUUGUUAUGGGAUAUAGUCCUCCGUGGUCUGCCCACAACACCAACACUUCAAGGAAUACUUCGGGGGCACAACACAAGAUGUCAAUGUUGGCUAUGACUGGCCCAUCCCCACAUUCAGGCUUCACAAGAGAGUUUCUUUGGGAUGGCGGACGCUCUACGGAACAUGGGCCGCAGCCCAGGGCAGAGCCGGAGAGAGUGGCUUUGCCCUCCAUUCGACAGGCAUUUCCGGAGAUCCACCUCCGUGUCCACUCCCAGGAACCCGUCUCCUCGAGGCCUAUGACUGCGACUGCUGCUGCCGCGAUGGCGGGUAUGCCUGGCGCUAUGACGUCGCCCGAGUACAUUUAUUCACCAAACUCCAAUAAGCGUCGGCGGAUAUCUUUGGAAGACGAGCAAGAGAGGGAAAGAGCGAGCCGUAUUCCAAGACUCUACGAGACGCCAGGCGGGCUUUCACAAAAGCGACAGCCGACCUCGCCGCCAGCACCCAGAUCUGCACCGGCACCUGAUGCCUGGACAGCGCCCGCGAGAACAAGCCCCUAUGUCGCUCACGCCCCGAUUCCUGCGAUGCGAUCUCCAGUUCCGAGGGAGGUGCAAGACCGUCCACAUGCAGACCCUCGGCCGACGACCCUGCCAAGCUUGCCAUCAUUACCCCAAUUCGAACGAGAACCGAUUCACCCGCCCAACACGAACACGCUGGGCACAGCUACCGAGGACUUCCAACCGAUCCGGUCAGCGCCAACGGUGGCUGGUGGGCCACCUGCUGAACCAGGGCCAUCGUAUCGGCCCAGCUCCUAUGCGUAUCCAUACCAGCACCCGAACCAUGGGCAAUCCAAUUCCGUGGGCGCAAUCCAACAGCCAUUCGAACGGUCCCCCUUCUCGGCUGGGAGCUAUGGUCAACCCUACCAGGAGUUCAUGAGGGUGGGAGAUAUGGGAACGAUGGGUGCGCACAGCGACAGUAAGCAGCGCAAGCGGCGAGGGAACUUGCCGAAAGAGACGACCGAUAAACUCAGGGCGUGGUUUAUUGCGCACUUGCAGCACCCAUACCCGACAGAGGACGAGAAACAAGAGUUGAUGCGUCAGACCGGGUUGCAAAUGAACCAAAUCUCCAACUGGUUCAUCAACGCCCGGCGUCGUCAGCUACCCACCAUGAUCAACAACGCCCGUGCCGAGUCUGAUGCCCGGUCAGUCUCGGGUCGGGGGGGAGCCGCAGGAACCGCACCCGCGGGGCGUGACACCAAGAUCCUCCCGUCUACGGAACGAGGGGACUUUGGCAGCGACGACGGCAAACGAUCUAGUGCCCCCCUGAGCGACGGCGAGCCUGGUCGCUACGAUGAAGAGUUGGACGGCCCAGGGGCGGCACACGCCAACCGAGGGACUGUAUAGAGGGACGAAAAAAGGGAGAAGAAGGAGGCUAUGUUCAUAUCGCUUCCCGUUCACGUGCCUGUAGGGAACGACCACGAAUACUACGAGACACGAGGGGUGCGUUCUUUGCCGACAUUUGGAUUGCAUCGUUUUUUUAAAAGUUUGUUUUCUUAUUAUCAUUGUCUUCCGUUCCUCCCCCCCCCCCCUUUUCCAACGUUUCACUCCGCAUGUAUCCGGA